AUCAGCGUGUGGUUCCCCGCCCAGUUCGCAGAGCUGCGGCGCAUGUGUCUGAGUCACUGCGGCGGCGAGGCCGCCUUCUGUGCCAGCCUCAGCCGGUGCCACAGGUGGUGGGAGCCGCGCGGCGGCAAGAGCAACUCGUUCUUUGCUAAGACGCGCGACGACCGGUUCAUCGUGAAGCAGCUGAGCCUGGCGGAGCGCAAGUCCUUCCAGGAGAUCGCACCCAAGUACUUUGCCCACCUGGCCAGGGCAACGCGCGACCGGCAGCCCACCUGCCUCGCCAAAAUCAUGGGCGUCUUCACGGUGCGGCUGGAGCGGGAGAAGGCGAUGGACCUGCUGGUGAUGGAGAACGUGUUCUACGAGCGUUCCCUGUCGCCCGUGUACGACCUCAAGGGCUCCGAGCGCGCGCGCUGGUGCAAGGACGACCCCAACGACCCCACCACCGUCCUCCUCGACGAAAACCUCAAGCGCUCCAUCCUGUCCGCACCCCUCCUGGUGGAGUCGGGCGCGCAUGCGGCGUUGAUGAAGGCGCUGUGGGCGGACACGGCGUUUCUGGCGGGGCAGGGCGUCAUGGACUACUCCCUGAUCGUGGGCGUCGACUCCCCCAACGGCGCCCUCGUCGUCGGCAUCAUUGACUUCCUGCGCCAGUACACGUGGGACAAGGCUUUGGAGCGGUGGGUCAAGUCUGUGGGGAUGGGGCAGGAUCCACGCAAGGCGCCCACGAUUCAGUCACCGCGCGACUACUGCAAGCGCUUCCGAGGCGCCAUGGCCUCCUACUUCACCUGCGUCCCCGCCCAGGGCGACGUCCCCGCGCCGCUCGAUGUCUCUGCCGGCCUCGCCGACUGA